GCAACACUAUUGGUCCAUUUCUUAAAACCGUGACUCGGAUCACUGCCAUUGGUGGAAACAGUGCGCACGUGGAGAACAGGGACAGUCCGAAAAUAAUACAAGCGAAACAAGAUAGUACACUGCGUAAACUUCCGUCUUCGCUUUGCUCUGUUAUUUUGGCAUGGUUGAGGUUCGAGACCUAAGUACAUUAUAUUACAUAGUUUAUUUGUUUACUAUUUUAAAUUAUAUUUUCAGGUAAUAGGUGAUGAAUACUUAACUUAGACAUGCACGCAUUCUUUUAUUAGAUAAUUUCCUCCACGUAGUUGUGCAACUACAUCUUAAUGGUACGUUAACUAUCUUGAUGGAUUAAACGUCAUAUCCGCUAUGAGAACCACAACCCGGAAGAGACUGUUUACGAUUUAGCCCUUAUAUAUAUAUGAUUUAUCCUAGCUAGUUCUGCUGGUUUGUGUUUUCAGAAAAUUUAGCAACAAACGUGUCUCUGUAAAGCGUUUUCAUGUAGUUUCACUGUAGAUAUGCCACGGUACUGCGCUGUAAAAGUUUGCAGAAACCGCGGGGGAACUGCAUCUAGACAAGACAAGAGAAUUAGCUUCUACCCGUUCCCCUUGCAAGACAAGUCCAGGCUCCAGAAAUGGGUAGACAACAUGAAGCGGGAGGAGUGGACCCCGAGUCGACAUCAGUACCUGUGCAGCGAGCAUUUUAAAGAGGACUGCUUUGAUAUCCGAUGGGGCAUCCGUUACCUGAAGAACACAGCCAUCCCAACCCUAUUUCCCUCCAUUGAGGAUGCUGGAGAGAAAAAAGUUACCACCAUUAAACAAAGCCGCAAGGCCAAACCCAGAACUUUAGACAUUGACAUUGAGCCCACAGGAUUUGACUCGCCUCUCAGCAAGAGGCCGCUUAUUUUGGGCAGAACAUGCAAAAAGGUGCAGUCAAGUUCAACAAACGGCUCCGUUUGCGAACACACAGAGACGAUAUUUGAACCACCUCUGGCGUCGGACACCGGCAUCUGCUGUCAUUCACAUCUCUCAUCAGAGAGACGGACUGCUGCUUGUGAGAUACCGGGCGACAGCGGAAUGCCAACAUCGUCUUGCAUCGCACUGUCCCCAUGCAAUGAGCCCCAGUCUGAAGAAAAGGCUCACUCGAUUGUUACCGUUUUGUGCUGUGAGUCAGUGGGCCCUUUCUCGGAUGGAGAGGAAAACGUGGAUGCAGCUGCCCUCCAGGCAGCGAUGGGCCAGGCUUUUAGCUAUGUCCCUGUGGAAUUGGUAAUGGACGAACCCACAGCCGCUUUUUUGGAGGAUAGGGGACCCAGUGAGGGAGAGCACAUUUAUGCUUACGAGCACUCGUACUGCAGACCGGACACUGACAAAGAUCAGCUUUGGCGUAGGAUCUUGAGUUUGCAUGCAAAGAUCUUGGGACUGGAUCGCAGGGAGGAGAGCACCUUGGCCAAAAUCCGUGCUCUGGAGACUGAGGUAGCCCUCCUGAAAAGAGACGGUGCCGUUUUUAAAGAGAAGCAGAAAAUGUUAGAAGAUUAUAUAUCAUCCAUGUUGCUCUGAUUUUGCAAGCUAUGCACUCCGUAAUGAGACUGUUGGUGUGCAUGGAUUUUAACUGUUACCAUUGAGUCACUUUUGCCAAUAUGUUGCACAUGCUCGCUCCCAUACAUAAAGCACAUCAGCACAAACUGUCUUAUUAAACUCCGUUGUAACUCAG